AUGGAAGCUUCGAAUCCUUCAAAUGUUCGCAUUAUCACGACACUGGGUCAUGUCGACCAUGGCAAGACAACUCUCAUGGAUUCGCUUUUGGCAGCAAACAACAUUAUUUCAUCACGGAUGGCUGGAAAAAUGCGGUACUUGGAUAGUCGGGAGGAUGAGCAAGAGCGAGGAAUCACGAUGGAAAGCAGCGCUGUCUCCCUCAAAUUCCAAGUUAUGGGACGAAACGAGAGUGGAGAAAGAACCCCGAUAUCCUACACCAUAAAUAUGGUCGAUACACCCGGUCACGUCGAUUUUUCGGGGGAAGUGUCCACCGCAUCUCGCCUAUGUGACGGCGCGCUCAUCUUGGUCGAUGUCGUAGAGGGCGUUUGCACGCAGACCAUUUCAGUGCUUAGGCAAGCGUGGAAGGACGGACUCAAGCCUGUGCUGAUUAUCAACAAGUUCGACCGCUUGAUCACAGAGCUCCAACUAGCUCCAGUGGAGGCCUAUCACCAUCUGUCCCGGUUAAUUGAACAGGUCAAUGCCGUCAUGGGCGACUUUUUCGCUGGAGAGAGGAUGGAGGAUGAUCUUCGUUGGCGGGAGGAGCGAGAGCGUAGGUUGGCAGAAAAGAAGGAGAUGCAAGUCAACGAGACUGAAGCCACCAUCAACGAUGACGAGGAAUUCCAGGAGAAAGAUGACGAAGACAUUUAUUUUGCGCCGGAGAAGGGGAACGUCGUCUUCGCGUCUGCGAUUGAUGGAUGGGGCUUUCGUGUCGGGAAAUUCGCGCAACUGUACGCGGUGAAGCUCGGUAUAAAGGAAGCUAAUCUUCGCAGGGUGCUGUGGGGAGAUUUUUUCUUGGAUCCAAAGACGAAGAAAGUCAUCAGUUACAAGCAUUUACGUGGGCGCGCUCUAAAGCCCUUAUUUGUGCAGUUCGUGUUGGAAAAUAUAUGGGCAGUAUAUGAUGCCGUCGUGCUCAACCCGAAUAUGGAGAAGGUUGCCAAGAUUACUUCUACCCUCAAUUUGAAGAUCCCUCUGCGCGAUUUGAAGUCAAAGGAUACUCGGCAACUUCUCUCGCUCAUCUUCUCUCAAUGGCUUUCUUUGUCUACGUGCAUCAUACAGUCGGUAAUCGACGUCGUACCGGCCCCACCAGUUGCACAAGCUACUCGAAUACCAAAAAUGCUUUACCCAGAUAGUCCUGAGCCGCCGAUGCCCAAGAAUAGGCUUGAAGAAAAUCUAUAUACAGCCAAUUACAGUUCGGACGCGUACGUUUGUGCAUUCGUCAGCAAAAUGUUUGUUGUAUCCGAGAAGGACUUACCGGAGAACCAAAAGAAAACCAUAACUGCCGAGGAGAUGAGGGCCAGAGCACGCGAGGCUCGAGAAGCCCGACAACAUGGCCAGGCAGAGUCCGGCGCGGGAGCGGCGCCGUCGGGUAUUGACCUUUCUUAUAGGACAGAAGAUACCAAAGCCGAAGAGACGAAACAAGACUCAGAGAUCAUACUGGGUUUUGCGCGUCUAUAUUCUGGUACCAUCAAGACCGGCGCCACAAUUUACUGUGCGCUUCCGAAGUAUAAUGCUUCAUUGCCCUUCACACAUCCGCAUAACGUCAAAUAUCUCAAGACGGCAACUGUGGAGGGCCUCUAUGUGAUGAUGGGCAGGGAAUUGACGACUGUCGGUUCUGUUCGGGCAGGAAAUACUUUUGCUAUCAGAGGUCUUGAAGGAAUUGUGUGGAGAAGCGCCACUCUAUGUGCACCUGGUCAAAAUGGUCUCGAGAAUGCUGCGGCGUUGGAAAAUUGCAUGAUCAAUCUCGGACGUGUUGAUCGCUCUGUACCACCCAUUGUUCGAGUCGCGGUUGAAUCUCUUCUCCCCGCUGAUAUGCCUAAGGUUAUCAGCGGUUUGAAAUUACUUGUACAAUCGGACCCGUCUGUAGAGUCUUUCCAGCAACAGACGGGUGAGCACGUUAUUGUUGGAGCUGGCGAGUUGCAUUUAGAGAGAUGUUUGAAGGACCUACGUGAACGAUUCGCCAAGGUAGAAAUCCAGGCGUCCAAGCCCAUCGUUCCUUUUCACAUGCCCCCGCCCAAAACGACCGGUAGUCCACGUGGUACAAUGAAAGGUGCCAGUUCACAAGGUAUCGCAACAUUUUCUAUCCGCGCGUGUCCUCUUCCCAAGGCGAUCCUGGAAUUUAUUCUGGACAAUCUUCUCAUCUUGAAAAACCUGGAACGGGAUCGUCGGUCUGGUGAUUCUGCGACAAGCUUGGAGGAACUUGAUCAGGAUUUUGUAGAUGUGAAUGGAGAGAUCUUUAGGAAACCUACCGUAAAAACAGAUCAAUUUUGGCCCACCUUGAAUGACAUCCUUGGGAAGGUUGGCGGGGAGUGGGGAAAUGUGUUGGAUCGGAUAUGGACAUUUGGUCCUCAGCGGGUAGGUGCUUGCAUGUUGAUUGAUGCAAGGAAGUCGGGGUCAAUACGAUCACUAAAACAGCGUCUCGAGAGAUCAAUAGUAGGAGCAACUGAUGUUGAUGGCGACAAGACUCUCUAUGAUCUUGAUGACUGUAUUGAAACCGGGUUUCAACUGGCGACCUUCCAAGGUCCUCUCUGUGCGGAGCCGGUCGAGGGGAUGGCCUUUUUCUUGGAGGACCUGACCAUCGACAGAGAAGGGCUUAAAAAGGAGAUAGAACAAAACCGAUUAGCACAGGUAACUGGCUCAAUGAUAACAUCUGUCAGAGAUGCAUGCAGAAAUGGUCUCCUCGACUGGUCUCCUCGACUGAUGCUGGCUAUAUACUCAUGCGAUAUACAAGCGUCCACCGAUGUUUUGGGUAAAGUUUAUGGUGUUGUUGCGAAGCGUCGGGGGCGGAUAGUGGCAGAAGAGAUGCGGGAAGGCACAUCUUUCUUCACAGUCUCGGCAUUGCUUCCUGUAGUAGAGAGCUUUGGCUUCGCGGACGAUAUACGGAAACGAUCAUCCGGGGCGGCAAGCCCUCAGCUUAUAUUCAAUGGUUAUGAAAUGCUAGACCAGGACCCUUUUUGGGUCCCGACCACAGAGGAGGAACUAGAAGAUUUGGGUGAAAAGGCAGAUCGCGUGAAUAUAGCUAAGACUUACAUGGAUGCUGUCCGGGAUCGCAAAGGACUAUUUGUGGACCGGAAGAUUGUCGAAUUUGCAGAAAAACAAAGGACGUUGAAGCGUUAG